CAUAUUGCUUGUUUGUUUUUUUUUCUUCCUUUACACUAGUGAUAUGAUAGUGACCUUUGUAGAUGGAAGAAAUAAAAUCCACAAAAAGCAUCUAACAACUUUGCCUAAUAUCUGAUUCUCAGAAUUACUUGCUUUGGGUGGUAUUUUGAGAGUUUUAUUGUGGGUACUGUAAAAUGGCAGGGGUAGCAAGGAGACUGCUGUUUGGAUUUUCUUAGAGGCAAACUGAUUUUUAAAUCGUCUCUUAUCUUUAUCCAUUUCUUCCCUUAUUUUUCUUCUCUGCCUGCAAGAAACAGAGGAAGUGUGUUUAUUUUCAAGUUAAGCUGUAAUGAACAAUUCUGAGACUCCAUUAAGUAGCCACAGCAUGAAUUCAGAGAAAGAGGUGAUACUGGGAACUCCUUUUCCUUUAGUGUCUGAUGGCAUACUAAUAUCAAUUAUAAUGAUUGUUUGCAGGAUCAUAUGGUGAGAGAAGAAACUAGGAGUCUCACUCCAAAGCAGUGUGCUGUUUUGGAUCUAGCAGUUGAUACUAUCAAACAAUAUUUCCAUGCUGGUGGGAAUGGUUUGAAGAAAACAUUCUUGGAGAAGAUUCCGGACCUGCAAUCACUUCGCUAUGCUCUCUCUCUCUACACUCAGACCACAGACACUCUCAUUAAAACCUUUGUCCAGACUCAGACACCUCAAGGCUCUGGUGUAGAUGAUCCUGUGGGAGAAGUGUCCAUACAGAUCGACCUGUAUACCCAUCCAGGAACUGGUGAACACAAGGUCACAGUGAAAGUUGUGGCAGCCAAUGACCUGAAGUGGCAAACAUCUGGAAUGUUCUGUCCGUUCGUUGAAAUUACUAUGAUUGGGCCUCAUCAAAAUGACAAGAAGAGGAAGUUCACAACAAAGUCAAAGAGCAACAACUGGGCUCCCAAAUACAAUGAAACAUUUCACUUCAUACUGGGGAAUGAAGAUGGCCCUGACGCUUACGAGCUCCAAGUUUGUGUGAAGGACUACUGCUUUGCUCGGGAGGAUCGGGUACUGGGGAUAGCAGUGAUGCAGCUCAGAGACAUAGUGGAAAAAGGAAGCUGUGAUUGCUGGUGCCCUCUUGGGCGCAGGAUUCACAUGGAUGAGGAUGGACUUAUAGUCCUGAGGGUUCUCUCUCAAAGAACCAAUGAUGAGGUUGCCAGAGAAUUCGUGAAGUUGAAAUCUGAGUCUUGUUCCACAGAGGAAGGGACCUGA